AACUAAUUUUCAAAAAGAAACUGUCAGCUAGCUAUUUUAUUCUAUUAGCUAUUUUCAUUUAUUGUACUCAUGUGGUUGUCCGCUCGAAAGAGCUUCCACUGUACAACUUUAUGAAACAAUAUUGCGCAUGCAAGCCAAAAGUGCAUCAAGUGCCAGACUUGCCAUAUGUCUUAUCGAUAGAAAAAAUACUAUAAGCAUUUUUCAACACUUUGCCUCAAUACGAAAAUUUGUGUUCCUUUUUUGUUUGUUUUGCAUUUUUCGUCCGACCUUUUGACAAAAUUUCAAUCAGUUGCGAGACACUGUUCCUGUGUACGUCUUGGACACCGCGGCUAAUGGCCGCAUUUGUCAUCGAUUCUGAUAAGACUGUGACAUACGUGUAUUUGCGCGGUUAUGCACGCGUCUAAGGCCUAAACCCAACGCCUACCCCGAUUCUGGCCCGCUAAGCAGUUCGAACCUUCGACAAUGACGCAGCGCAACAACAACAAAUGACAAAAAAACUCAAAUCUAUACGCUUCAUAUUAUUAAUGUUAAUCGCUGUUUCGACAACUGUCGCCCAAGUUGAAGGUCGGUCAGGAUUAAUUGACGGGGCGGUUGGGAGGGGGGCUCUAACGUGAACCGGAAGAAGGCAGCGAGACGCGUUUGACUGAUUGCCGGACGCAGCAGGACGCUGGGCCGUCGAAGUGCUGGAGUAGCAUUUGGAGGCAACACAUCCGAAAGAUAGAACAUCAAGCAAGUCCAAUGUCCAAUAAAAUCAAUCCAAAGCGCCGUGAACCGACAGUAGCAGCAGCAGUAGCAGCAGCCACGGCUGUGGUGGCCACCAAUACGAGCAGCUCGACCGGCUCCAGUGCUGGCAACACAUCUUCGGCGAACACAUCGUCCUCGUCCAGCUCUUCACUGUCGUCCGCCGGUGGCGGUGAUGCGGGCAUGUCCGCCGAUUUAACAUCUCUAUUCGAAUGCCCCGUUUGCUUCGACUAUGUGCUGCCGCCGAUUCUGCAAUGCUCCAGCGGACAUUUGGUGUGCGUCUCGUGCCGUUCGAAGCUCACAUGCUGCCCAACAUGCCGCGGCCCAUUGGCCAACAUACGCAACCUGGCCAUGGAGAAGGUCGCCUCCAAUGUGAAGUUUCCGUGCAAGCACUCGGGCUACGGCUGCACCGCUUCGCUUGUUUACACAGAAAAGACCGAGCACGAGGAGACCUGCGAAUGCCGGCCAUACCUAUGUCCCUGUCCGGGCGCUUCGUGCAAAUGGCAGGGACCGCUCGAUCUAGUCAUGCAGCAUCUGAUGAUGUCCCAUAAGAGCAUCACAACGCUGCAGGGCGAGGAUAUCGUCUUUCUGGCCACCGACAUCAAUCUGCCCGGCGCCGUUGACUGGGUUAUGAUGCAGUCCUGCUUUGGCCAUCAUUUCAUGCUCGUGCUGGAGAAACAGGAGAAAUACGAUGGACAUCAACAGUUCUUUGCGAUUGUCCAAUUGAUUGGAUCACGCAAGGAGGCCGAGAACUUUGUCUAUCGACUGGAACUAAAUGGCAAUCGACGCCGCCUAACAUGGGAGGCAAUGCCGCGUUCCAUACACGAGGGCGUUGCCUCCGCCAUACACAAUUCGGAUUGUCUGGUGUUUGAUACAUCGAUUGCGCAACUGUUUGCCGAUAACGGGAAUCUUGGCAUCAAUGUAACCAUAUCUCUGGUCUAAUCAAUGAUGAUCGUUAAAUGUGGCUUCUAAGAAGAAGACGAUGAUGAUGAUGAUGAUGAUGAUGGAGUCGAUGAUGAUGAAUAUGCAUCGUUUCUAAAACGAUACUCGAUAUACAUCAUGUACAUCAGGUACAUCAUGUAUGUAUAUGUAGCUCGGCAGUUCUCUCUGUCUGUGUGUCAGUCUGUCGGUCUGUCAGUCUCGUCUGCCGUCUGGCAAUAAUUCGUAGAUCUAGUGUUUCAUUUUCGAAAAAAAAAAAAAAACAGAAGGAAAACAAACAAACACAUUUAUUCAACAGCGAUUUAAUAUAUACAACUAUUUUUUUGUGGGUUUUAGUUUAAUUUAGUUUGUAAGCCGAACGGCGUGGGCAGCUGCCACAUAACGUACAUCCAUAAAUACAUAAAUACAUCCCUAAAAACACACACAAACAAACACACACACACAAACCAACACACACGUACACUAAAUGCAGCCUAGUUUAGUUAAUGUAAAUUAUUUGAUACAAACAACAACAAAAUAUACUUGUAAAUGCUAUAAAAGUAAACAUCACUUUUAACGAAAUUAACAAGAAUAAAAUCUAUAUAAAUAUAUAUAUAUAUAUAUAUAUAUAAUAAUAUGUAAUAACUCGAGAGUUGUAAGCGAUUGCGACAAUUUUUGUUUAUGCCAAAACCGAAACACACAAAGCUACUUUUCUUUAAAAAACAUCUCCCUCCCACCCCCUCAUUAAAAGACAGUUACAUUUUGGUACUAUCCAAACAAGAAACAAAAAAAAAAAAACAAACAAAAGCAAUCUAAAGUUUAAAUUUAUAUAGUUUAGACCGAUCUCCCGCACAGUUGAUUUUGUUUUGUUUCGCAAACACUCGAAAUUGCAAAUUGGAUAUUGUGAAUGAAAAGCGGUUUUUCUUUUUAAUGCAACUGCAAUGUAUUUAGUUUUAAUGAAAACAAAAACCAACCAAUACAA